GGGAGUAUCACUUUUGGGGUCACUCCAUAGCUUGGACAUGAACCAUAGCUCAGACACGAACCAUGUAUUAUUAUCGACUGUAAUGGAUGUAGUUGACGUCCACUUUGUCAGGGAGCGCAUUAGGACAAUAUACCCGUUAAAGCGAGGUGACCGCUCUCAGAAUUUUGCAAAACCAAUAUUUAUAAAAGAAUAUGCAACGACGUCUAGCAAUCAACGUAACACAAUGAGCACUAAGACAAAUACAAAUACUGAGAGGAUAACUGCUACGAAUAAAAAGACUGGGAAGAAACUUUUGAAGGCACAUGAUGUGGAACAUAAGCAUGUAACAGCAGGCAGUGCCAAAGAAGUUGUAUUUCUCAGUAAAGGUGAUAUUGUGGAAGUCACGUUAAAAAGGCAAGAAAAAGCUAAAGAUCAAAAACAUACUUCACCUGUAAUUUCUAGUCCUGGACAGAAAGCUGAAAGAAAAAGAUCUGCAACUAGUAAUAGUGAAGCUCCACGAAGCUGGGGUGCUAUACUCGGGGAGCAGAAUUUAUUAUAUAUGAAAGCAGCACAAUCUUAUAAACAUAGCGAAAAUAAAGAGAUCAACAAGAAUUCAAAUGCUAAAAAAGUGCAGCAAAAUGGAUAUAAUCAUGUUGAGAAACAUACUGAUACAAAAUCAAAAGGAAUGCCUUCCCAAGAGAAAUCAAAAAAGGAUUCAAAAGAUUUAUACGUUCUUGUUCAAGAUCGUGCUGUACAAUGUCCCGAAAUAGGCAAUAAUGCCAACAGAUUUGUUGAAUUUAAUCCAGUGCAUACAUUAAGUUUUUUAAUGAAAGAACUGAAGGAUUUAAUUACAAAGAAAGAUGAUAGAACUUGUGAAAUAUUUGCUGAAAUGGAGCAAGUAUUGCUAAGGAUACCUGUAGGCUCUGCAAAACCAAUAGAGGAUUUGGAGAAACUAGACACAUUAGAAGCUGGUGCAAUUCAUUUAAAGGAAUCUAGUAAAAAAGUGAAGGCUUUGUUGGAAUCAUGGGCAUCAGAGCGAGAAAAACUGCAAAGUUUAAUUCGAGAGCGAGACGCGCAAAUCAAGGAAGCGAAUCAAAAACAAAAAGAGAUUGUACUCCAUGCAGAGAUGCUAAAAUUGGAGGAAGUAACUUGUGUAACAAAAGCUAAAGAUGAAGUAAUAUCGGCAUUAAAGGAACAAAUUAUAAAUAAUGAAAAACUAAUCUCAGAUUUAGAAGCAGAACUGAGUAAACAAACAGAAUUUGCACGACGUUAUGAAUGUCUGAAAAUAGAUAAAGAUAAACUUUUAAAAUUGUCUUCUUGCAAGGAUACAUUAAUUACUCAAUAUCAAAAUACAAUAAUGGAGUUACAAACUCAACUCGAAAAUCUCAAAUUGAAUAAUUUGGAUGAAGUAUUUGCGAAAGGAGGAAGUACAAGUUCUCAAGUGUCAGCUAUUCAAAUAGGACUUGCAUAUUCAUCUCCUACAUCGAGUUUUUCAGAUCACUCUAAUAAAUCCUGGCAUGAUUUAUCGGAUAUUUCUACAGUAGAACAUGCCUCUCGAGAACAUGUUACUCUAAAGGAAGAAGUACCCGUUAGAGAUUCGGCACGUUUAGAAUUUGUUAGCUUACUCGACGGGGAAUCAUCGCAUACUAUAAUACCCGAUCAAAGUCAAGUGAUGAAUGAUAAAGGAACAGUGCACAACAAUAAUAAAAGUAAUAUUAUUCCUUAUCAAAACGUGAAUGAUGUGAUUCCGAAAAGAUGCUUAUAUGAUUCCUUGAAAAAAGGGCAUAAUAAAGAAAACGAUAUGUGUAAAAUGAGAAAAUUUUCCAAAUUUAAGGAAAGACAAAAAGAUAACACGAAAAAUUCGUUUUGUCAUAAUACAUCGAAAAUUCUUGAAAGUGUUACAUCUAAACCAGUUAUUUCUGACAUAAGGAAACAAGGAUACGAUAUGCAUAAUAGGAUACCUGUUAAUGUACCGAGUCCAUUACGGGAUUAUCCUUAUCCUGAUUGGAGCGACAGUAGUUUACCUAGCGUUAGUACAGCUUUCGGUUUAGACAUAGUGCCAUCGAACGAUAUUAAAGAAGCUAUAGACUUAAAUUAAACUAUUUUUGCAAAGUUUUCCCAUUUGAAAAAUUACUGAUAAUUAUGUAUGCUAAGUCACUGAACAUAUAUCCGAACUUAUAUCUUGUUGCAGAGCUGUGAUAUGCAAUCGUACAAUACAUAUUCUACUUCAUAACAAAGUCUAUGAAUGCUAAAGCAAUUUUUAAGCGAUUAAAUGAAAUUGGUUAGUACAAUUAAAAUAUGUAUUAAAUACACAUAGUUUACAAUAAACACACACAUUCCUAUUGAAAUGAUGGAACGUAAAAUUUGUAUCUAUAUUUUGCAUAAAUAUUGAGAUUUUUCCACAUUUUAUUAGUUUAAAAUUAAAGCAUAGACUUGACAGAAUUCUAAUCGAAAUUAUAAAAAUAU